AUGUCUUUCGGCAGCACUGGCACGACUUUUGGCACCUUCGGGUCGACCAACAACAAUACAGGCUUUGGUAGUGGUGGAGCAUUUGGUAGCAACCAGAAUACGAACAAUACUGGUACAGGCUUUGGAGCUUCAACGACCUUUGGCGGUAGCACAUCAAGUCCUUUUGGUGGUGGAAGUACAUUCUCAGGUUUCGGAUCAAAUAACACGAACACUGGUAGCGGCCUCUUCGGCAACAAGCCUGCUGCUACAGGGUUUGGUUCCAGCACUACUGGUACCGGCCUCUUCAACAAUACUUCGAACACCAACACGAGUGGCUUCGGUGGUACAGGUGGUGCUUUCGGCACAGCCACCACUGCCAACACUUCAGGAGGAGGAUUUGGAGGAUUCAAUAGUGGCAACAACAAUAGCUCAAGUGCUUUUGGUACACAAAACAAGACUCUCUUUGGUCGAAGUGGUUCGGGCACGACUGGAACGACUGGUUUUGGCAAUACUGGCACAAGCCUAUUUGGUGGUUCCGGCACCGCACUCGGCACAGUCGGUCCAUGUCCUGGUACCAAUCAGGGAGCCUUCGAGCCGUACACAGACAAGGAAUCAAAUGGUGCCACGAGUGUCUACCAGUCGAUCAAUAUUCGACCUCCUUACGACAAAUACUCUUUUGAAGAGCUGCGACUAGCAGAUUAUGCAGGAGGCAGACAAUGGGGUAAUGGUAGUGGUACUGCAGGCACCUUUGGCACUAGCAACUUUGGCAGCGCAUUUGGCACCGGCAAUACAGGCAGUCCGUUCGGAGGCAGCACCAACGCUGGAAGUAGUUUAUUCGGCAAUACGUCCACUUCUGCUGGUGGCUUCGGUACCAAUACUGCCACUUCUGGUACUUUCGGUAACUCUACUGGUGGUGGCCUCUUCGGAAACAAGCCAGCCACAACAAGUCUAUUCGGCAAUCAACAGACUUCUUCCACGACACCUGGUAGCUUAUUCGGCACGUCCAACAAUACGAACACCGGCAGUACCUUUGGUACAGGCUUCGGGACCACAAACAAUCAGCAGCAAUCUGGUGGCCUGUUUGGAAACAAUCAAAACAAGACUGGUCUUUUCGGAAACACUGGCACUAGCAAUACAGGUACUACUGGUUUCAGCUUCGGCAACAACAAUCAGCAGCAAAAUACCAACACCACUGGCGGUAUGUUUGGGAACAACAACGGUACUCAGGCUAGCGGAGGUGGAUUGUUCGGUGGUACCAACAACCAGCAAAGCAAUACUGGUACUGGAGGACUUUUCGGCAGUCAAAAUACACAAAAUCAGACUGGUGGUCUUUUUGGGAAUAAAACUGGCUUCGGCACGUCCACAACCCAGACUCAGCCUACUGGUGGUCUCUUUGGAGGCGGAACAAACACUACUGGUGGUCUGUUCAGCAACACCUCCAAUAACCAGCAGCCUGGAGGCUUGUUCUCAAGCACGAACAACAAUGCCAAUAAUCAGCAAGGCAACAGCUUAUUCGGAAAUCAACAGAACAAACCUGCUGGAGGUCUCUUUGGGGGCACCAGCACGAACAAUGGUGGUGGCAUCUUCGGAAACAACUCGAAUAACCAACAGGGUGGAGGACUGUUCAGCAGUACGAAUAACAAUAACAAUCAGGGUGGUCUUUUCGCGAGUACUAACAACAAUGCUGGAGGAGGUCUCUUUAACAGUACGAACAACCAGAACAAACCGAGCCUAUUCAGUGGAGGCACGACCAACACCCAAGGAAAUUCUCUCUUCAACAGUGGUAUGAAUUUCGGGCAAUCACAGGCUAAUCAGCAGCAACAAUUCCCGAACCAGCAGGAGGUCAAGCAUGCCUCCUUGCUUGAUCCAAAUCCAUAUGGACAAUCCUCCAUCUGGACAGGUCUGCCGCAACCCACUAUGGAAAACUCGAAACCUCUCUUCACACCACUCACAGCUACAAAGAGACUGGAAGAGAGCGCCCGGAAACCCAUACAUACACUACGACUUAAUCAGUCUAGAUACAGCACGCCGCCGCGAAGAAGUGGUUACGGAUUGAGCUACUCAACACACGGCACGCCAAGCAGUGCUGCAAGCACACCUGGUAAUAUUCCUUUGAGCGGCAGCCUUUACGGCAGCCGUGGCUGGUCUGGUGGUAGUUUUGGACGGUCCUUCAACAGAAGUGCUUCGGUUCAGAACCUUCGGUCACAGUAUGCUUCUGAAGCAGAUGACAUCUGGAAGCCAAACGCAUUCGCCCCUAGCCAUCGAAACUCCAACGGUAGCAUCAAGCGACUGACAAUCGAUCGCUCACUUCGACAUGAUCUCUUCAAUCGUGGUCCACCUGUACCAGCAAUAGCUGCUCCGAGACAACCCACCAAUGGCGAGGAGGAUGCUGCACCUGCACAGAUCACUGACGGCACGGCCGAGCCUGUUAGGAAACUCAACAAGCGCGUCAGUUUUGAGAAGGUUACAGAACCCCAGCUGAAUGGUGAGACUGGUGCUCUUCAACGUAUUGAGGACGACGAUGAGGAUGCCUCUCCUCCACGUGCCAACGGUACUGGUACAGGCAACCUGCAAGCAGUGCCUGAGGAUAGAGAGACGCACCAAGUUAGCACCAAACCUGGCGAAAUUGAUACCUCAGAUCCAGUUCUGGGCGGCUAUUGGACAAAGCCAACACGACGGGAGAUCGAUAGAAUGCCACGAGACCAAGCCAAAGCUUUCAAGGGCUUCCAGGUUGGUCGAGAAGGAUGUGGUUCCGUCAUCUUCGAUGGUACUGUCGACCUGACUGCACUACCUAAGGACUUCGAGCAGGACCUCUUCGAGAAGAUCGUCAGGUUCCGUCAUCGCACAGUCACUGUCUACCCUGAACAAGAACAGAAGCCUUCGGUCGGUAAAGGUCUCAACGUGCCAUCUACCAUUGCCAUGAGCAAUUCGUGGCCACGUUCUCAGGGCAAGCCUGUCGCUGCUGUUUCUGGCCCAGUCUAUGAGAGACAUGUGAUGAAACUUAAGACGAAAAUGUCUGGUACCGAAUUCAUUGACUACGAUGCCCAGACUGGUCGCUGGACUUUCAAAGUUCCUCACUAUACGAGGUAUGGCUUGGAUUACGAUGAAGAUGAGACGUCAAUGAUGGAUCAAAGUGAGCUCAGCCUUCCACCCCACUCUUUUGACAAGUCUGCUGACGCUUCCGUCAUGGAGAUCGACGAUCAGACUGAUUCGAAUGACGAAGACGACACCUUUGCGUUCAAGAAGAGUGUGCCAGGUCAAUUCGAAGAUCAGAGCAUCAUUCCAGCCGACGACUCCCAAGAAGCCAGUGAUCAGAUGGAAGAGCAGUACGGCGAUGGAUCUGAGCAAUCUGCAGUCUCCGAAGACGAUAUGAUGUCCGAGGACGAGCAAAGCCCUAUGCCUGGAUCUAUGCCUCAAGCACUUAACCCGUAUUUGAUCAGCCCAGCGAAGUCCCCAACCAAGUUCACUGUCUCUGGCACGCCUGGAAAGCCACUCCUUGAUCUGGAGGGUGAUUGGGCUGAACAACUUCAACGAACUAUUAGUCCUCGAAAGCAGAACAGAGAACUUCUACGAGAAGCUCAAAGCAAGAUCCUUCUCGACAAGGCAUUCUCUCCAAUCAAACCAAAAGCAGCACCCGAGGUCAACUUCCGAAGCAGUAUCGACGUUAUGAACCAUCUGUUCAAGUCUGCGUCUGGCAAGAAAUCUAACCAGGCUAAUGAGCCUGACUUUGAGGUUUGA